GCCCAACGCAGGCAUUUGAGGCCUGGGGGAGGCUCUGUGCCGGGUCCGGGUUUGCGCUGAGACGCUCUGGCGCCAGAAUGGACCGGAGGAAAAAGCCUUUGGAUGUUACGGCCUCCUCGUUGGUAGACCUUAAGGCUGAACUCUUCCGAAAACAAGAAGAAUUCAAACAAGAAAAACUUCUAAAAGAUUCUGGAGUUUUGGGAAAACCAAAAACAACUAAUAAGAAACCAAGUAUCUGGAGCAAACAGAAUGCAGGAGUUUCAAAUCGAGCUGAGAAGGAUGCAGAACAGAAGAUCGAGGAACAGAAGACUUUAGACAAAGCAAGGGAGAAAUUGGAAGAAAAAGCCAAAUUAUAUGAAAAAAUGACUAAAGGAGACUUUAUAGAUGAAGAAGUGGAGGAUAUGUACCUUGUGGAUUUCACGCAGAAGAUCAUAGACAAACACAAAGAAAUGGAGGUGUUUGGUGCCAAUAGAGAUUCCAGAAAGGCAGCAGAAAGAGAUGAUGAUGAAGAAAAUCUUUCUGAAAAAGAUAUACCUCCUCCGCAGGACCCCAGUGAAGAAUGGGUGGAUUAUGUGGAUUCUUUAGGGCGAUCUCGGCGCUGUAUGAAAAAGGAUUUGCCAGAUUUGCUGGAGAUGGAUAAAAAUCUUCAAGGGAGGCUUUUCGUUAGUCCUGCCAAUGAGAAAACCUUAUUAUCCGAAGAUAUGAGAAAAGAACUUCAGCGCCAGCAAUGGGAGGAAGAAGAAAGAGAGGCCUUGAAAAGGCCAAUGGGGCCCAUACAUUAUGAAGACAUUCGUGAAAAUGAGGCUCGGCAACUUGGUGUUGGAUAUUUUGCUUUUGCUCGAGAUAAAGAGUUGAGAAAUAAGCAGAUGAAAACGUUAGAGAUGCUGCGUGAACAGACAACAGAUCAGAGAACAAAACGAGAGAAUAUAAAGGAAAAGCGAAAGGCUAUGUUAGAAGCAAGACUUGCUAAACUCCGACAAAAAAAGAUGAAAAAGUCAAAAGAAGAUGGAGCAGAGGAAGAAAAUAGAGAUGUUAUUGGACCUUUGCCACCAGAACCAGAGGCUGUGCCAACUCCACGUACUGCUGCCCAGAGUAGCAAAGUGGAAGUCAUUGUUCAGGAGAGGAAGGAUACCAGGCCCGGAGUGCCCCAUGUCCGAGAGUGGGACAGAGGAAAAGAAUUUUCCUUUGGGUACUGGUCGAAGAGGCAGUCAGAUCUCCGGGCCGAGAGAGAUCCUGAGUUUGCUCCACCAUCAGAUUACUUUGUGGGUCAAAAAAGAACUGGUACCUUUGGUAGCCAGACAUGGAACAGACCUGCACCUACACAGAGUGACUCAGGACAGCGCUCUGGACAGAGCCAUGAGCCCAGCUCUUCACAUGCAUCAUCCACUCCUGCCCCCAGCAGGCCACCACAAGCCGCCACAGUCACUUUUGAAACUCUGGAUGAUAUGAUAUCAUAUUAUAAACAAGUGACAUGAACUUCAAAACCAUUCUCACUUGGGUCUAUACUGUGAUGGUGCCUUUUUCUCCCAAAUUAGGGAAAAUAUAACUUAGAGACGGAAUAUUAUCUUUCUCCUCCUGUCCUUCCCCUAGAAGAUACAGACUUCAGAUUGGAUUUGUCAGCAAGGAAGAAAGUGAAUGGUACUUUGGGAAUUCUGUGGCCACUUGGCUGUUCAUUUCUUUCUGAUUGAUAUGGUGACCUGUCCGUCUGGAUUUAUGUGUAAGCUGUCAUAAUAUGACUCUGAGGAGUUUGUAA